UACAACAUUAUCCAAACAUGUCCCAAAUGCUCACAGAUUAUUUCUUGAAUGCAUCAUUCACUCCCUUCCAUGCCAUGGCAGCCGUCUUACUACUACUACUUCUCUACUACUGUGUUUUCGGAUCCCACCCGGUUUACCUUCUCGACUUCUGCUGCUACAGGCCCCCGGACCACACGAGGGUGACCACCGCCUUCUUUGUGGAGCAAGGGCUGCACUGCACUGCCCCCGAGGCGUUCGACUUCCACGUGAAGUCCGGGACGAGGUCCGGGAUCAGCAGCGAGGCGGGUGCCCCCCACGUGAUGCACCACCUCCCCCCUGACUGCUCCCUGGAGGCCUCCAGGGAUGAAAUCGAGACGGUUCUGUUCAGUGUGGUGAAAAAUCUACUCGAAAAACACAAUGUGAGCCCGGGGAGCAUAGACAUUGUUGUGUCUAAUUGCAGCCUUUUCUGCCCCACCCCCUCCAUCACUUCUAUGGUCAUUAAUAAGUUUGGGCUGAGGAGCAAUGUGAAGAGCUUUAGCCUGUGUGGGAUGGGGUGCAGCGCGGGGAUUCUCUCGAUCGGUGUGGUUAAAGACAUCCUUAAAGUCCACAAAAACUCCCUGGCUUUGGUUGUCAGCAUGGAGGCCAUAACCUCAAAUGCUUAUUUCGGUAGUGUGAAAUCCAUGAUUCUCACCAACACACUGUUCAGAACUGGAGGGGUGGCAAUUUUGCUGUCAAACAAAAGACAAGACAGAAAAAGGGCAAAAUAUAGGCUCAAACAUCUUGUGAGAACACACAUGGGAGAAGAUGAUGAUUCAUACCACUCAGUCUUCCAGGAAAAUGAUGAAUCAGGGCACAUGGGAGUCUACCUCUCAAGAAACCUCCUCCAAGUAGCUGGGAAGGCCCUGAGAACCAACAUAUCGGACCUCGCCCCCCGGGUCCUCCCCUUCUCCGAGCUCCUCCUCUAUGCAUGCUCGCUCCUCCCACGACGAAAGGCGGGCCCCACAUACACACCAAAUUUCAAGAAAUCGUUCGAGCAUUUCUGCAUACACGCGGGGGGCAGGGCGGUGAUCGAUGCAGUGGAGGAGAGCCUGAGGCUGAGCAAGGAAGAUGCUGAGGCCUCAAGAAUGACACUCUAUAGAUUUGGCAACACUUCAUCUUCUUCCAUUUGGUAUGAGCUGUGUUACCUUGAGGCUAAAGGGAGGGUUAAGAAGGGUGAUAGGGUUUGGCAGAUUGCAUUUGGGAGUGGAUUUAAGUGCAAUAGUGCAGUUUGGAAGUGCAUUUCUGAGCUUGAUCCAAAGCCUUAUAAUGCAUGGUCUGACAGGAUUGAUAGGUACCCUGUGGAGGUUCCAAGGAUUUUGGAUCAUUAAGCUAAGCAUCCCUCUCACAAUUUCAUGUGCAAUUAAUAUGCAAAUAAUAAAGAUCACAAAGCAUAUAUACCUCAUUGUUAGUACCAUAUAUAAUAAGGUUUACUAAAAUCACAAACUUAGGAUACAAUGUUCAUAAUGCUUUGCCUAUGAUAUAUAAUUGUACUACUUUAGCUA